AUGACAGGCCCCUUGGACGAUGACGGCUUCGAAGUAGUCGACACCGGCCAGCUAUUCCGGCCAGCCGGCAGCGCGACCCCUGUUGUUCAGGAGCCAUCUUUCAGCUCGGCGCGGCUCAAUACAUUGCCGUUAAAUGCCAACGGGCUUAGUCAUCGGAGCGAGUUCCCCCAGAACGCUGAGAGGCCAGACAGCAAGAUGCUACAAGGCUUCACGCUGCCGCCGGUCGGGCCUACAAGACCUGCAGAGCCCCUUGCUGACUCAGGCAACCGUCCGACUGCGAUGAGUCCUGUACGAUCAGAUGUGCCCCAAAGCGUGACAAACGCUCUGGCGAGCACAUCCAAGACCACGCUUGAUCCACAUGGUAUGCAGACGACGAAAAAGGGGUCCGGAUUCAGUUCGCUGGGCGACUCUCUUAGGAGGAUGAUUGCGUCCGGCAAGAUUACGCAAGACAUGCUAGCGCAACAGAGACGCAAACUCGACCCGAACGAGUACGAAACCCUCCGUUUGUAUAUUGACCGAACGCGAGCCCCUAGAUCGGCUGUGCUAGACAUACCCACCGUCCAAGCCUCAGACGCGCGACACCAGCAACAGACCUAUGAAGCCGAAUUGCAUCUCAUCGCUUUGCAGAACCGACGGGACGGCCUCGCAAUGCAGAUGGCACAGCGAGCAAGCGCACACGGCAGUCCCAACAAGCCGGGCUCACGACCAAUCGAUCUGACCGCAGAUGAUGCCUCCGAUGACUCAGACGAAGUCAAAUUUAGUGGCGUCACUCACACCAUGCCAGACGUAAUCAUGGACGUCCGUCCCGUCUGCAUAGGUCAGCUUGAGACCGUCGUUCUCAUCAUGUACAGCGACCUUGAGGAACUGAGGCCCGCUGCAAGUGCGACUAUCAACAAGCCGGCAUUGCUGCCCGUCAGACUACUACGCGGUCGCGAUAUGAACGGCAAGCCGACGCUCAAGGUGAUCUCUUGCAUCAGUCACCGCGACUUUGGCGUCGUGGAUGUCAAAGUCAGCGAGGCGCUGGCGCCUCUGCUGACAGCCAACACUACGAUGGAGCCAGUCACUCCAGAAGCCUGGGUGGUGCUCUCACCCGCCGACAGGCCUGCGAUGCUUCAGAUGAACAUCCUCCUACUAACGCCAUCUGUCAACGUCACUCGUGUCGGCAACUAUCUAUCGGAACGCCGGUUGACUUUGAGCCAUCCGACUGAUUACAACCCUGCUUUGCAUGGAGGCGCUCGCUACAGCAACCCCCAUAGCAGUGCUCUCGACGCGAGCAGAUCGGCACAACAGCGACGCGAGGACAUUGCUCGAGCGCUCGCUGGCGGCCGGGGAAAUCAGACCCAGGCGGCACGCACAAUAGAAGUCAAGCGCGAGCAGAUCGACAAUGUGUUCAAAGGCAUUCAGAGUGGCCUCGACCUUGGCGAAGUUCAGCCUGUCGACACUGUCGUGACGCCACUCUACCCGCAUCAGAAACAAGCAUUGUCCUUCAUGCUUGACCGGGAGAUGCCAAGAGCAUGUGAUGUGCACGGUCAGAUCACAAUGGUCUCGGAUCCUGCUCUUCCAGCCCAGCCAGACUCGACGGCAGACCAGAUGAUCUCUUUGUGGCGUCCUCGCGUUGACGCAUACAACAGGCUCACGGGCUGGACGAACGCUGUGACAGAUGUAGAGGUCGACAAAUCUAGCAGACCGCCACAGACCCUCGGAUCGAUUCUAGCAGAUGACAUGGGGCUUGGCAAAACGAUUGUCAUCAUCGCUCUGAUUGCUCACACGCUCGCUUCGGCCUCCCAAUGGGCAAAUGCAGAGCCUACAGCGAACGCAACUGAUGACACUUUUGAUGCUGUCACAUUGCAUCCAACCACGAAGAUCAAGGCAGUACAACCUGACCCUUCGAGACUGGGGGCAUUGCAGCCCGUCGCAAGCACGAGCUCUGCAGCCAGCGUGAAGUCUGCUAAACGCCGCAAAAAGAAGGCAGAGGAAGCGCAAGGCAAACGCAGUGAGCUAGCUUCGGCGCGGCUCGAGGCUCUCGUGACUCGUUCGCGCGCGACCCUAAUAGUCUGCCCUUUAUCGACCGUACAGAAUUGGGAGUCUCAAAUUGCGGAGCACACUAAGCGCAGCAGUGCAGAAUUUGGCAAGGCCAAAUCAGCCAAAGCCAAAGGCUUGUCAGUCUACAUCUACCAUGGCAACAACAGAACACAGUAUGCGCACGAUCUGGCCGAUCACGACAUCGUCAUUACAACAUAUAGUAUCCUCGCGACCGAGUAUUCUCGUCAAGGGUUGCCCGAAGAUGAUACAAGCUCCUCAAGCGAUGACAGCGUCGAGAUCAUCGAAAGCAUGGCUGUAGAAGCAAAGAAGGAGAAGGCCAAGGCGCGAAAGCGCAAGCGCAAAGCGGAAGGCAAGCCUAGUGUCCUUCAGCAAGUCGAGUGGUAUCGCAUCGUGCUCGAUGAGGCGCACAUGAUCAAGGAGCAUUCGACGAUACAAGCGCGCGCCUGCUGUGAUCUUGCGGCAUCUCGUCGCGCCUGCUUGACCGGUACGCCGCUCCAAAACACGCUCAAUGACCUCUUUUCGCUGCUCCGCUUCCUGCGACUAGAGCCUUUUACUGAGCGACACGUCUGGAACACUUACAUAGGCAGCCUAGUCAAGAAUCAGGAUCCCAUUGGCAUCGCCCGAUUACAGGUCGUCAUGCGUCACCUUGCGCUUCGUCGAACAAAGGAGACGAAAGAUAAGGAUGGUCAGCCAAUCUUGCGUUUGCCAAUCAAGAAGGACGAGAUUCGCUACUUUGAGCUCGAUGAAAAGGAGCGUGCAUUCUACGCGACCUUUCAUCGCAAGUAUCAACGAGACUUUGCAAGUCAAGAAGCGAGCGACACUUUACUCAAGAACUACUGUCACAUUUUGCAAGAAUUGCUGCGCCUACGACAAAUUUGCGCACACAUGUCGCUCGUACGCGACUCUGAAGAGGCCGGUCCCGAUGGCGUCAAGACGGAUCUGCUGCAGACCAUUGCUGACAAAGGUCUGACGAAAGACCGUGCGCUUCGUCUGUUCGCAAGCAUGCGAGAAGAUGGCGUCGCUCAAUGCGCCGAGUGUGGUGGCGAACUCCUCGCCAACGUGGAGAAUGGUACGACAGAGGAUGCUGAGCAAGAACCAAAGACGAUCAAGCGCACCGGCAAGAAGAUAAAGGCGACAUCCGCAGACGAAACGAUACCCAUACCGGUCCUGACAAGGUGUCAGCAUCUCUUCUGUAUAGCCUGCUUCCGCAAGACCGUGCCUGACUUCCCGCACAAUGUCAAAGCGGAAACGCGAGCUGCCUGCUCAGUCUGUAGCCAAGACCUGUCACCUGUCCUCGACGCUGAGCAAGUCCAGCCCGAUGACCUCAUCAGCAUGUUCAGGCAGAUGGAUUUGAGUCGGGAGAAAACAGACAAGCAGAAGCGAAAGCAACAUAACACGGUCGAGCACAGCACGAAGACGCGGGCUUUGCUCGCUGAUCUGUUCCCUUUUUCGCAAGCCAACCCUACGUCGGCGAAUUAUGCUGGUGACGGGGCAGAUUUUUCUGCCGUCACCCCUGAAGAGGAAGAUGACUUCAGGCCUCAUAGCGGCCAAGUCGUCAAGUCUGUCGUCUUUUCGCAGUGGACAGCCCUGCUGGAUCGUACGGAGGAUGCGCUGAAGGAAUGCGGCAUCAAAUUCAGACGCCUCGAUGGGUCUAUGAAUCGCGAUCAGCGUAGUCGCUCGAUGGAAGCUUUUCGCCUCGAGCCGGACUGCGAAGUCUUACUCGUGUCUCUCCGUGCUGGCGGUGUAGGACUCAAUCUGACAGCCGCCCAGCGUGUAUACCUCCUAGAGCCUUUCUGGAACCCUGCUGUGGAGAACCAGGCAGUCGAUCGUAUCUAUCGCUUAGGUCAAACGCGGCCAGUCAAGAUCAGUCGGUUCAUCAUCAAGGAUUCGAUCGAGGCCAACAUGCUUAUCGUGCAAAAGCGCAAGACCGAACUCGCCAAUUUGAGCAUGACACAGACAGUGUCCAAGGCGGAGCUGGCGAAACGCCGUGUCGAGGAUCUUCGUACUCUUCUCAAGUAG